AUGAGAGCUGUUCAUUUUUGUGUUUUGCUGAGCUUCUUGGUGACGCUCAAGGUCCAAACCUUGGCGGCGUUCUUACAAAACGUGCGUUCAACCCACAUCACCCAUGGACCAACGCAUUUACCUCGUCUAUUCUCCUCCAGAAAAUCCUUCCAAGACAGAAACGAUGAUACUUCCUUCUUGGUUCAUGUGAUUGUCACUGACAAUGUUAUUCUACCAGGGGAACAAAUGUCUCUAUCCCUGUCAGACGAAGAGGCCAUUCCGCUGUUACAAGACUGUUUGGAACAAGAACGGCACACCCGAGUUGUGCUGGCAGUGCGACUGGUCGUAGACGAUGACACCAUCACUGAACAGCAAGAGUUGAAUCUGGCUCAGAUUGCUAGUCUUUGCGAUACCGUAGGACUUCAUGUUGGCACGCAAGAAAACCAGGUGAUCCUCGAAUUGAACUGUGUUGGAAGAGUGCGCCUGUUGGAAAUGAAACAUCAAUAUGACAUUAUGGGUGAUGAUGACGAUGAUGAUGGCAGCCACUAUCAGUUUACGGCCGAGUGGCUGCAGGAAGGAAUUGACAAUCAAUCAGAGCUUGACAAGGCUAAACGAUUGGAGCAAAAUAUUGACCUUCUGAUGCAAAGGAUAUCCAAAUUGGAGCAACAGAUCAAAGAAGGCAACAAUACUGCCACUCUAAUGGAAAACUAUGAGAUAACCAAGGCACGUGUGGCUCAAACCAUUGCCAAAUCGAUGCCCCAAAAUGAAAACACCACCAGUUACAUGGAAUCAAGCGACUUGCUGCAGUUAACUGCCACCAGCUGGGCAGUGUUCUUGUGUUUGAAUGAUACAACUCUGGAAGCCAGAUACCGUCUUCGAGCUCUGGACUGGCAUAUUCUAGUGGAGCGAAUGAAGCUGGCUCAAUAUGUACUAAGAGAGAAGCAACUCCUCCUCCAAGGACUGUUGCUGCAAAAGGCGCAAGAGACAACAAGUUGCAACGACAACAAGCUGCCUGGAGUUGAUCAGGAUGCUUUCCAGUAA